UGCUUCGUUAUUAGCGCGCUCUGUAUAUCUUCAGGAAUGGAGAGAUGCGUUGCGGCGCCUACCGUGAUCACGAGAGUAUACAACAAUCCUGGGGAAGUUGUUACUGCAGGUAGCAUCGGCAGUGUGGAAAAGGCAGAAGGAAACAGUUCGCGCAGUCUGACUGACGUCACCAGUCACAGUGGGCCCGAUAACAGGACAAGACAAGGACGGAUAUCGGUUUUCAUGAAUCAAACAAACCCGAAUUCGGCUGAAACAAUUCCGGGAGCGGACACUUCAGAACUCACAGAGACACAUACGCCGGAACUGUUCGGAAACAAAGAGAAGGGGCAUCCUGCCUCCAACAAAAAUGACACCGUUUGGCAAGUAAAUGAUGUGAUAGAGAACAUCCUCUUGGAAGAAGCUCAGUCCGUCCGACUCAGCAACGACUGGAGGCUGAUUGAAGACUCCUGGCGAAUGGUCGAGCUUUUUCAGAGUCAACCUUCCGAGUAUCUCUCCAGUGGCUUUCAUUUGAAGCUUGACGAGACGGGACGCCUCAUUGCAACGACCAGGUUACCCUUUUGGAAGGUUGACCUUGCUGGCACCAUGAGAAGCUUUGCGACGGUGGCUAUGAGGCAGCAGCUUGGUCUGAAUCUGCCACGUUCUCGGCCAUUUCGAAUCAAUGCAGGGAAAGGUGUCAUAGAAAUAGGCUACUCACCCUUUCCUCAGCGGGCCGCAGUUUCCGUUGGAUAUCGAGAUACCAAGGUUACAGUGUCUGCAGGGAAACCCCAGAUGAUCCGCAUUCCUGUUAACAACACCAAAACCAGAUUUGAUACGGUACCAAUCGGCGGAAAGAAUAUUUCUGUUGACGUGAAGUCAAACACCACAAAAAUCAAGACCAUAUACGACGCAGACGAAAAAGUGUAUGGCCAACAAGUAGCACUCGGAGACACGAACGUCAGUGUUCUUCACGGCUUCGAAGGGACUGCUUCAGCACCCACAAAUGUGACGGUUUCGUACCAGGACUCUGGGAUAUCAUUGGAAUUCGAUCCCCUCCAAACUGAGUAUGGCAUGUCGCUUAUGGUUCCGAAGGGGCGUUUUGAAGCGUCGCUGGAUUCAGAUGCACGUCGAAAUCACUUGAGAGGCCAGCUGGACGAGUUUACGGUGCUGUGGGAAAACGACUUGAAGGACGCCCAAAGCCAGGCAGUAUCAGCCCGAGUAGAGGUCGAAAACGCGAAAGCCGGCACCUCUGUUUCUGCUGGAGCAGAUCGGAACGAUAACCGUGAGGUGGGAGGAAAUGCCGGUUUCAAGGCGAAGGACAUGGACAUCGGGUUGGGUUUCCAAGACGACCGGCUGGAAGGAUCUGUGACGCUCGGCACAAUAAAGUACAAGAUUCAGCUGCGGGAUGGCUUGCCAGACUUCAUCCUUGUCAGUUAGGAAGUUUACACGGGGAUCAGCUGUCAAACAAGGAAGCAUGAAUUGUACGUGCACACAAGUGUUGCGUAGCCGGAACUGGGUCACUGCUUGCACGCGAGCGAGUAGUCCAUUUCCCUUUCACACAGGAGGCAAAACGACUUCCACAAUAUUGUCGCUUUUGUUUGCACUCCUGUACAAUUCUUAUCGGUCGAGUACUAUUGGGUUAAAGGCAUGCUUCUCGGCACACUGCUCGGGCCUGCGAUCUCACGUGCCGGUGCCGUAGAGGGCAGCUGUGGUCUCUAUAAGCGACUAGCAGGUCAUCGUGUUUCCUCGCUGUAGCACUUGGUGAAGUGUUCUUUCUUGUGGGCAGGUGAACUGUUCUUUCUUGUGGACAGUGUAAAUUCCGUUUCCUUAUUGGCUCUUCCAGCAGUAGUUCCAGAGUCGUA